GCCAAGCCCAAGCCGAAGGAAGGCGACGAAGAAGAGAGAGAGUCGCGAUCGGUUCCCUCGACGUCGAAGAGACAUGUUCCGCCGACUCCUCACGCAGAGUCCACGCCGCAGCGCAGCCACCGGCCUCGUCGCCCUCACCGCGCUUUAUGGCGGAGCCGCCCUUGCUCCCUCCUCGUCCGCCACGCUCGACGGCCCCUUCCGUCCCGCCAUCAUUUCGAUCUCGGCUCCGUUGCGGCAGUUCCUCUCCUCGACGUCGGAUCUGUUCUUGCGAGACUUCACUCUUUCAUAUCUCUUCUCAACCCCUUCCGGAGGGUAUCCUACGUCGCGUUCUUCCACCGUGAGAACUAUUCCGCUGUCGGGUUCAAGGAAGGAGACUUCCAGAGAGAACCGGGAUGAUGGGCCGAGCUCCCCUGGUUGUAUGCAGAGCGACACUAUUGCCAAGGCGGCUGCUGCUGCCUGCCCUGCUUUGGUGCAUGUAUCUGUCGCUCAAGGUCCGUAUGGAUCCGGCACAAUAAUUGAUCCAGAUGGAACGAUCUUAACCAGCGCGAGCUGCGUGGCAGAAUCCCUCAACUCGAGAAAGGUUUCUAAAAGCAAGAUUGGUGUAACUUUACAAGAUGGCCGUGAAUUUGAGGGCACAGUGGUCAUUGCUGAUUUCCUUUCAGACAUCGCCAUUGUGAAGAUACAAUCUGAAACUCCACUGCCAACGGCUAGAAUUGGAUCGUCAUCUAAGAUUCGUCCAGGCGACCAGGUUAUUGCCUUGGGAACCCCACAAGCUCUGCAAAAUACAAUCACAUCAGGCAUUGUAAGCUGCACUGAUCGGGAUAGCAAUGACUUGGGGCUUGGAAGCGUUCGAAGGGAGCAUCUGCCAACAGAUUGUGCAAUUAAUACGGGAAGUCUUGGAGGACCCCUUGUGAACCUUGAUGGCGAGGUUGUGGGUGUCAACACAGCAGAUGGAAUGAGCUUUGCAGUGCCAAUUGAUAUAGUCAUGAAAAGUAUUGAGCAAUUCGAAAAGAAUGAAAGGGUAGUCCGACCACGGCUUGGAAUGAAGGUGCGUGAUCUUAAUAAAAGGAAAAUUGCACAUUUUAAGAAAAAAGAUGCUUCCUUUCCGGACGUAAUCAAAGGUGUGCAAGUACUCGUGGUAAACCCGGGAUCACCAGCUCAUCAUGCUGGAUUUCGGCCAGGUGAUGUGGUCAUCGAGUUUGACAAGAAACCCGUUGGAACCGCUAAAGAGAUCAUAGACAUCAUGGAGGAUCAGGUUGGGAAGACUUUGGAAGUGCUCAUAAAACGAGCAGACAAUACAUCCAUGACGUUGACUGUAAUGCCCAAGGAAGCCAAAACUAUGAUUGACCUACCUCAAGAAAUGUUAGAGGAUUUCUCCACUAAAACUGUCUUAAGGUAAAUAUCGUACGAGUUUGACAAUUGUAAGAUUUGAUGUAAAACGGUUCAUGAGUUGUAGGAAAGAUAAUAGACUCAAAAUUGAUGUGCGAUUGAUUUAGCUACAUCUGUUACAGUGGUAUGACAAUUAGCUAAGAACUAAGAUGUUGUGGGGGCUCUUCGACUUGAGGACGAACAAGGAUCAAUUUGUAUCAAGCCUUGCAUUGUGCUUCUACUUGGGCUAUUUCAAGUUCACUGUCUGCAGGAUGUUCAAGUUCGAUUUCCUCUAUGUUAUUGUUGUCUACCAACUUUUGCCCUUCAAUAUGAUAACUCACAGGAAAAUGUAGAACAACGAAAUGUUAUCUGCAAAGGCCGGUACAAAUUAUGCCUAUCGCUGAGAAAUAUCAGGACUUGUUUCAAGAUCAAUUCUUUGUUCACGGGACCUUCGU